UUGAGCGCCGCAGCAACGAUCUCUGUAGAGGUUGUAUCAAUGUGAUCCGGUCAUCAUAUGCCUCUCCGCUCCCUGUCGUUUUGCUGAAGACAGUAACACCGACGUUCUACAUGCCGACAACCUCCGAUGCAAUCAAUCGACAAACGCCUCUAGACUCUAAUCAACGAGCACAGUCCUCCUGACGCACCUUUGUCCUCCAUUGCGUCAAUCGCCCUAGAACACGAACACCACACCGUGUACUCGUCCGAGCACGAGCCAACCCCACGAUACGUUGCAAAUUGCUUUCCAGCUGGCUAUCGAGACAAAGUUGCUCGUUGCAAACACUUAUGCGAUGGUGUGACAACGCCUGGAGCGUGAUUGAACGAGAACCAGACCCCUACCUUUCAUACUGGACUUGAGAGGCUUGCUGGAGUAUGCUGUGGAUGCGCUGGUCCAUCCGCCGCGUGACCCUCAUCCUCGAUGCUGGCCAUUGACAACGUCUCUGGCCUAGGCUUCAGAGACAAUCUUGCCAAUAUCAUGGAAUCAGAUCUGCCCCAGCCUAACAACUCCCGCGUCCUGCUCCGUCCCGAAGAUGCCUCUCGAAUCGGUCGACCAUUUCGUUUUGACGACAGCGACCGUCCCCCUCGGGCUGCAAGUGAAGACACCAGAUUGCAAGCGCAACGUGCAGACGCGCUGCAGUCUUUGGACGAUUCACCUGUCAGACCAGAAGAGAACAAACCAGUGGCACAAAGCGCGAGGAACGAGCUAAGCCUAUUGUCCCUCGAAGACACAACUGAUCUGUUCAAGAGAAAGGUAGCAGAUGCGAGACAAGACACUGAACAUGCGCUUGCAGGCAGUGAAGCAGUCAGGGACGUGGUCAAGCCAAAGCUGACCUUGGACCUGGGUCAUUCCAAUAUUGCGAGAUUGCCUGAGAGCGUGGUUGAUCUCAUCAAAGACGAGGUAGAAAGGUUGUCUUUGUCUCAUAACCAGAUCUGGCACAUCCCGCUACGAUUCUCUGAAUGCUCCCACCUACGGUACCUCAAUAUUCGAUCCAAUGUAUUUCGGGAGAUACCUCGGGGUGUGUACAAGCUCCACCAGCUGGAGAUCCUGGAUAUCAGUCGCAAUAAGGUGCGAAAAAUCUCCAGUGACAUCAAAAAUCUCAAGUCAUUGAAGGUGUUUUCGGUUGUGCACAAUCGAGUGGAAGAGCUACCUACGGAAUUAUGCGAGAUGACCAAACUACAAAUCUUAAAGAUUGCCGAGAACCCUUUGCGCUUCAGACUCAAAAGAGUGGUCGAGGCCAAAGAAUCGGAAGUAUCUUUCUCAGAGAUGACCGACCAUGAAAGAGAGACAGCAAUUACACUCGAGAUCAAGAGAUAUCUGAGGGAAGCACAUCCGUCAACGCUGGUGCCGAUAGACGUUGAAGCUUCGCUACGAAUCGAUGAGAGUCCUAUGGAAACACCGAAGCCUCUCAAGCGCACAUUGAGCAGCAGAUUUCCUGUCAUUCCGAGCACUGGAACUGUUGAAUCGGCUUCAGAAGGGAACAAAUCGUCACCACUUCAACCGUACCCACCACCAGUGCCAACACGCUCACAUUACCGGAUGGCUUCUGGAACGCAGUCCAUAGCAAUGCGACGCCCGGGCAUCGCGCCCUUGAUCAGCCAGAACCACAAUGAAAGAAAUCGGAGCAACAGCGAGAGCGUUCUGCAAGCAUCAGCCGCAGCUCGUCAUAAGAGGAUGGGCAUGCUGAGAAGAGAAAAGCCAGACUUGGACAGCAUUGACGAGCUGAAAGUAAACAGAAACAGUCAUCUUCGAGGUUUCAGUCAUGGUUCCGUCCUCAAACGCAAUGGAGCUUUGUCAUCUCCUGGUGGUGCCAGUUCGUCAAGCCCCAAUAGCCCUCGCGAUCCCAGACGGCACAGGCUUGCUUUUGUGAAACGAUUAUCGAGCUUACCGGAACAUAAAGUCGAGAGCGAAUGGAAGAGCCCUGUCAUUGAAGGUGCCAAAGGCAUCUUAUACGCUUUAUACCAAAUCCAUCCACAAAUUUCCGGCCUAAUUGCUGCCAUAAGAGGGAAAGAUGUCCGCAGAAGUACGCUAGAAUUUACCUUUUUCAAUGCAUCAACCCAUGUCGACCGGCUCAAUGAAGCACUGGAGCAAGCUGACGUGGUCGACAUUGAGGAUGAAGAUGCCAUUCAGAUGGUUGAAGCCACCGUCCGGCGCGACUGUGCGACGUGUAUCAUGGCCUACACGCAUGUGACAGCUCAGCUCCAGGAUAAUGUCAAAAAAAUUGUUGCUGGAACUGAUGCACGCUACGUCCGCAGUUUGAUGCUAUUGCUAUACGGCAGUAUGCUUGAGGUCCGGAACGCAAUCCAGAGCUUCGGGGCGGACGUGAACGUUACACAACAUUUUGGUCAUAGAAGGCAGUUGUCGAGUGGAAAUACGCAUCCGAUCCAGACAAUCCCGGAGGAAUUCAGCACGCCAUCACAACCGGUACGAGCAGUCACGCCUACCCGAGACAGAAAUCUGCCUUCCAGACAAGGUGGGAGAUUACGCAGUGACACGGCCAUCCAACAUCCGGUUGCAGAAAACAUCCCAGCAUAUCACCCGAAUCCUGUGUCACUUGCAGGUUCCGGUUCUCUUCCAACGCCGAUUCACUUGACUGGUACCACACUCGACAAUGGACCGUUGACAAGCACAUCAUCAACAUUUUCGAGCAGUGGUACUCUGAUGAGUAACGGUUUCAGAUCGAGGUCGAGUUCACGAGCUGCAAUGAUGAAUGGCCUGCCUUCGUCAGUUGCAAGUACUCCUCGGUCAGGAGAAGUGUUUAACUUGCCGAUGGCGAAUUCCUAUCCGGCUCGAGUCAAUCCUGCAACAGGCUUGACUGAUGCGCAGGAAGAAGCUGCGUUUGAACAGAUUUUCCUGGCACUCUCUCGAGCUUACGACGCCGCAUUGCACACUAUCCCGAUCGCCAAAGCACAGUUUCUACGGUGCCUCGAGGCGGCAGAGGAGACUCGACAGCCGAAGUCAGUGCACGAUCUGUGGUCGACGCUUGUCUACCGAUGCAAGUUGUGCAUCGACGUCAGUGAAGCCUUGCAAAUCAGGCUCGUCAACAUGCGACUCACAGAGCCAAGUGCUCCUGGGACGGGCCGGAAUGACCCCUCUCUUUGGUCACUCUGCAAGAAUUUCCUGAUGAGUUUCAUCGAGCUGCUGACUGAUAUGCGUGAAGCGAAAUCUCUGCGGCUGCUGUCGCAAGAGUUGAUCAUCAUGCUCCGACCUGUGCAGAAGGCAAGCCGAGAAGCAGGACGCUUGAUAGAGACAAGUCCCUGGCGAUAUCUCACUGAUAGUGCGACGGCGGCGAUGCCGCCACCCAGUGUGUUCAAUACCAUCACAAGUCAGCGGUCUGGUCCGACGAUGAACGGAAGUGGCUACGCCCAUGUGAACGGCACUGGCGUCAAUGGAAAUGCAUCAGCAUACCAGACCGUAACGUCAUCCAUUGGACAGCAUCCCGUUCAGAGCCCGUUUCCACCACCAUUGAUUCCCGUUCCGCCAGUGCCAGGGUCGGGACCGAGUUCAGCAUACACACCGAACACAGCGACAAUGCCGAAGCAGAUAUUCAACGUCAAUGGUUACGCUGGAGCGAACGGCUUGAACGGCGCGGGUACCAACGGAAUAAGUCCGGUCUCGGUGCCCUUACCAGCCACACCCUUGUCAGCAGCACUGGGUCCUGCCGCACAAGCGACUGUGCCCAAUAUGGAUAUGCAGAUGUCCAUGCAGGUGCCGAGCACGCCGGCAAGCGCGUACGGGGAUCAAUUCUUCAAGGGCGAUGUGUUUCAACGCGCGGAUAGUUUGCUGAGUAUGCCGCAGGCGGGGAGUCUGAACUUUUUGAAUAGACGGGAACGGUGACCUACUGCCCGAAACUUCGGGGGAAGGGGUGGCAGCAAGAGCCUGGGUAUAAUCCAUAUCAUCUCUGGAGAUGGUGAUAAUAGUUGAGCUUUGUCAUCACUGGACGAGUCCGUCGCAUGGACAACACAGUACGGCCGAGAACGGUAAUUCAAAAGAAAUGGCGGACUACAGUGGUCUUGCAUCGCCUUGCAUCGCGUGGAAUGGUAGAUGGUGGGGCCCGUUUGUCUUUAUAGUGUACUCGUGGAUUGGUGUACGACGAGUAUGGGACUGCACUAGGAUUCCCCUGGUCAGGGAAUCGAGCUCUAUUGGAUGACUGCAUGUGUUUCACGACCGGGGAAAUGAAAAUCGUAUUGCACGGUAUGCCUUUUAUUAAAAAAGUUGGGUCAAUGAUUCGAUGGUUCAACGGUUUGUCGGGCUUGAUGUCAAGGGACGCCGUGGGGUGAAUGGAAUGGGAUGGGAUGGGAUGGGAUGGGAUGGCUGGAUAGAUAGAAUGGAAAUGGACGGCGGGGACCUGGCUGCGGUGUGUAUAUUGGAGGUACUCCGUACCUGAGGGGAGUGUAUAGUACUUCGGUCGAUGAAGAUCCAUGAGCAUGAGCAUAGGGUACCGUUUCU